AUGAACUUUUAUGACGGAGAUAAACCGGGUGGUAUUCCAGGGCAGUUGCCACCAUCUGCUGCUGGGCAAUACAAUUGGUGGGAGGCAGGGGCACUCUUUGGACAGAUGGUCGAAUACUGGCACUACACAGGCGACGACACUUGGAAUGCGGCAACAACUGAGGCCAUGCUAUUCCAGGCCGGACCGGACAGCAACUUUGAGCCGACAAAUCAGUCGCGAACGGAAGGCAAUGAUGACCAAGCAUUUUGGGCAUUUGCGGCCAUGUCUGCUGCCGAGCUCAAGUUCCCCGACCCUCCACCUGGCCAGCCUCAAUGGCUUGCGCUUGCACAGGCUGUCUUCAACAGGCAAGCAGCGAGAUGGGAUGACGCAAACUGUGGAGGAGGCUUGAGGUGGCAGUUUAACCCACUUAACAACGGUUGGUUAAACAAAAACACAAUCUCGAACAGCUGUUUCUUCCAGCUUGCCGCGCGAUUAGCACGCUAUACUGGCAAUGUCACGUAUGCACAAUGGGCCGAGAAAGCUUAUGACUGGCUAUGGAGCUCUCAGCUGAUCAACAAAGACACUUUCGAAGUCAUCAUCGCCGGGUCGGCGUUUAUGUACAAUUACACCAAUGGCGAUCAGAAAUGGGCAGACCGUCUGAAUGGAUACCUUGGCAACACGCAGAGAGUAUUUUUCCCUCAGCAGUUUGGUGGGAACAUCAUGACGGAGUGGGCGUGUGAAACGGUCAACAAUUGCAACAAGGACCAAAGAUCGUUCAAGGCGUAUUUGUCGCGAUGGCUUGCACUGACUGUCGUAAUGGCACCUUACAAAGCCGAGACAAUCAUGCCUUGGAUUCAAGGUUCUGCAGUGGCAGCUGUCAAACAAUGCGUCCCCGGACCAGAGAACGCCGUCGGUGGACCAGUAGCAUGUGGUAGAACGUGGUAUUCCGCUCAGGACGAUGGAACACGCGAUGUGGGUAAUCAAAUGACAGCGAUGAGUAUCGUCCAGGCCAAUCUCAUCACCAUUGCCCCUCCGUUAGCGGAUGAGAAGACAGGUACCAGCACUGGUGAUGCAUCGGCAGGUAGCGGGCCAGAUACACCGCCCACUGCAGCGGACAAGCUGAGGACGAGAGAGAUGACGGCCGCUGACAAAGCUGGCGCGAGCAUUGUGACUAUUCUCGUUAUCGGAGGCACGGCCUUGCUUCUCUUUGCUUUGCUUACAGAAGACCUCAACCUGGAUCAGCUUUUCCAGGCGCGAAGGCGAUGGCAUGGGUCCUAAUCCCAUCUCGAAAAACUAUCGCUCAUCGGCUUCGAGGAUAAUCAUGACACAUACGAUGUGUUCGACUGCCAGAUCUGAAAUUAAUGACCGAUGAUUGUUGGCCAAUAUGAUCUUUUGAUUAGCUCUCUUAACUGUAGCUCGGAUGGAUUAAGACCGCCAUAUCUCGCUAUGAUCUCUAUCCACGCAUGAGAUUUGACUUGCUGAAGAACAAAGACGUUAUGUGGUCAACGUAAGCCCUUUAAAAGGUAUAUACAG